AACAAAUGAUACUCCUGAAUGUUUUGCUAAUUUAAUGAAAAAAUGUUGGGAUUCUGAUUCUUCAAAAAGACCAGUUAUAAAAGAAAUUCGAAAAACUAUUGGUAUGUGGGUGCAUAAGAUAAAAGAUAUUGACCAAUUUUGUGAAGCUGAAACAACAAGACUAAAAUUAAUAGAAAAAAGGAAGCUUGGCCCUGAAUAUGCUGUAAAAACUCACCCUGGAGCAAUUUAUACUAGUAGAUUAUUAAACUUUUUAAUUUCUAGUUCAUCAUCCAUUAGUUCAUCAUCAACAACUUCAUUUAAUACGAAACAAGAGUAUAUUUCAAAAGAAUUUGAGUAUGAUAUUAAUGAUGCUAAAUGGUCAUCUUCAUUAGACUCAAAAUCUCCAACAAAGCAAGUUUUUGGCUGGGAAGGACUUUCAGUUGAGGAAAAUAUGAAUAUUGAUGAAUUUUAUCAAGAUGUGGUUAAAGAAAUCAUAAACAAUAAUUUCAUUAUAUGUAGUAUCAAUCGCAAAAAAUUUUUAACAGCCAAAGCGCCAAUCUUAUUUUUAAAAUAUAUUAUUAAAAAUCAUAUACCAAAUUAUACCAAAUUUACGUUAACAAUAAAUUAA